GUGUUCUGGCGCUCUGGGCCCUAAUCACGCAUGUGAUGUAUGUGCAGGAUUACUGGAGGACCUGGUUAAAAGGGCUGAGGUUCUUCCUCUUCAUCGGGAUCCUCUUCUCAGCUCUCUCCGUGGUUGGAUUCUGCACCUUCCUCGUCCUGGCCAUCACCCAGCACCAGUCCCUGACUGAUCCCAGGAGCUACUACCUGUCGUGUGUCUGGAGCUUCAUCUCUUUGAAAUGGGCCUUCCUGCUCAGCUUGUACGCCUACCGGUACCGCAACGAGUUUGCAGACAUCAGCAUCCUCAGUGACUUCUGACGCUCGGAACUCGGCUCCUGUCUGAAGGUGCUGGAUGUCUCAGCUGCCCCCCCAGAGGCCUGGUCCAUGCACGGGGGUGUGCAGGAGGCAGAGGAGGAAGCCACCCAGUGCUGCUUGGUUUGUCUGUC